GUAGGCCAGACUUAAUAUUCACCCAUCCAGACGAAACGAAACUGCGUCACAGCCAAUUCACCCAACGACUCGAGACAUUUACAGGCAGCCAUGGCCGACAAACCUUCUGCCAUCAUCUUUGGCGGCGUGAACACGUGUUCCCGUGCACUAGUCGCCCUCCUCGUCCCCCUAGGCGGAGACCCUCUCGUCUCCCAUCUCCGCAUCGUCGACAAGUUCUCCGUCUUUCCUCCCACUACAUACAUCGGCGCAGAGUUUGCAAAGAUCCUCAAUCAGGGUGGCCCCGUCGAGUAUCGUCAAGCUAAUCUGACUGUACCUGCCGCUGUCGCCCAGGCUUUUGAGCCGCCGCAGGGAGUCGCACCCUAUAGCCUCGUCUUUGAUCUCACAGGCGAGAUCAACUAUGACCGAGGUGAACCUAUCUUCAUCCAGACGACUUUCACUGUCGCGCGCCAUAUUGCGCUCGAAGCGACCAAGCGCAACGUCGCAGCGUACGUCCGUCUUCAACUCCCCGUCUAUGAGUCUCCGGAGAAGGGUGAUCACUCCGAGGCCGAAGACGUCAAGCCCGUCACGCCGCGCGAUACGUGGUGGCAUGAGACGACGCGCAUGCUUGCGGGGAUGCCUGAGUUGAACCUGGUCAUUCUUCGCAUUGGCUUUGUAUACGGUCCCUAUGUCGAUUAUGGCCUCAUGGCGCAAGUCAUCACUGUCGCAUCCGUCUAUGGCUACAUGUCGAAACCCAUGAAGACGUUGUGGGGGCCGGGUAAGGAUCCUAUCAACACCAUACACGUCGAUGAUGUCGCUGGUGGGCUUUGGGCAUGCGCAAACUGGAUAAAAGGUGUGGGCCGGAAACAGGCCGACAUUGAGGCCGGCGUGCCGGUCUUGUUCCACAACGAUAAGGCCAAGGUUGCUGAGGUCGAAGGCACCGUUUCUCCCAAAGAGAACCCCAUUGCUCCUGUAUUCAACCUGGUCGAUGAGUCCGAAACGACCCUUGUCUCUGCAGGAAACACGAUCACCUCGUUCUUUGGGACUACAUUCGAAUUCUACAACACUUUGCAGAAUACCGUUGCGCGCUUCCGGCUUGAUGACGUUGUGGACGAAAUCAACGAGCACCACGUUGGCACCUGGACUCAGAUGCAGCAGAUGUCGCAAAAACCGAUCACCCACUCGCCGCUCAACGGAUACAUGGAUCGCUACGCACUGUCACGGCAUCGUCUCGCUUACGACGCAUCCAAGAUCAAGGCUGUAGUUGGGUACAAACUGAAACGGCCUACGUUCUGCCGUGAGAACAUCCGCGAAAUGAUCGACAAGUGGAAAGAAGAUGGAGUCUGGCCCAUCCUAGAUUAAUCUCGGGCACCCACAUCGUCUUCUCUCAUGGUUUGGAUCCGGAAGUCUAGAUUGGUUUCGGUUUUUCUCGGGUUCCGCACGACAAUACCCCCUACUGUACUGGCAAGCAAGAUAGGCGACCAUGCAUACUGAUGGAAGACGAACGAACGGAAGCGACGCGGUGGAGGAAGGAGGUUGCCUAGAUUGCUCAGCUUUCAUGACGCCAACAAUACUACCAUGCCCUCGUUCGUGCUGGAGCUGCGUGUUCUAUGAACGCCCCUCACAGUUCUAACCUGGCGCACACGAUGCAUGUUGGACUCGAGGAAUGUGCUAAUUGCUAAUAGUUACUUCUGCCUGCUUUUUUACAUCAAUAUUUCAACCCUUGUUGCUUCAAUUUUAUCUCACUUCUAUUUCACCUCUACGUACAUGAUCUUAAUUACGCUCGGCAGAGGCCCUCGGUCGUGUCUUUCAUCCGCACAUUCACCCUCAUCUUUAUCCUCAUUUAUUCUCUUCUCUCAGUUCAUGACCAGUUCUCGGCCUCUGGAUCUUCUCGUCACCAUCACCACCAUCAACAACAACAACAUCAAACGUAAUCCUCUAUCACUCCUCAUUUCAGCUUCAUACCUCUAUUUCCUAGUCUGCCUUACUACGUCCCC